AUGUUGAAGGACCCCCACUCCUCCCCGCCCCCACCAGCGCCCGCCUUUCCCUCCCUACAGGCCCCGGAGGCGCGGGGGACCGCCAGCACGGAGCCGUCCGUCCUGAGCUUUCGGGAGAUCUGGAACCGGAGUUUCUGCCGGCCCCUGGAGCAGCUGGUGGAUGUGAUUGCCGAGUUCCCCAACGAGGUGGAGUACAUUUUCAGACCCUCCUGCGUCUCCCUGCAGCGCUGUGGAGGCUGCUGCGGGGAUGAGGGUCUCCGCUGUGUCCCCGUGGAGACAAGCACGGUCACCAUGCAGCUCCUGAAGAUAAAGCCGAACGGGGAGGCACCCUACGUGGAGAUGACAUUCACCGAGCACAAGCAGUGCGAGUGCAGGCCCCGGCAGGACCUGAUGAGGUUGGGAAGGAGGAGGUCCAAGGCCCGAGGUAAGAGAAGACAAGACAAGAAGAGACGUAAAGACUGUGAACUAUGUGGCACACCACGCAGGUAGCCUCCGCUCUGCCCCCGGCCUCGCUCCUGCUGCCUGGGUUUGAGCCAGCUGCCGUUCCCCCUGGCAUGGGGGACCCUCUCCAAGCAGCGGUGGGGAGCGGGACAUCAGGAAGAGCUGACUGGACUCUUGCUUGGCCCUGGUGGGAACACAGCCUGGAACCCAGGACUCCCUUGCCCAGUCUGCGCUGCUGGCAGCAGGACAAAAGGACCCAUGACGAGGCCUGGGGCUGAAGAUGAGGAGCUCGAGCAGCGCGUUGGUGUUUGACAGCAUCUUGGGGGCAAUGUGGAGCGGAGCUGGUGGGCGUGUUGCUGGAGCUGGCUGAGGACAACAUGAUGUCGGGGGUGAACAGAGACGGUUUGGAGGGUUGCAGCUGCAAAACCACUCUGUCCUGCCAGUGCCCUGCAGCUGGGGAGGAAGGAAACCUGGGCGGGCAAGGCUGCAGGGCUGCAUCCGUCCCAGCCUUGGCACGGGGCAGCCCAGGAGGGUGCUAGGGAGCUUGCCUGAAAAGUCCUUCUGGUAGGGAAGGGGAGGGAGUUGGGGUUGCCAGGGCUCCUCACAUACUCACAGCCACAUCCCAGCCUUGCCCCUACGCAAUAAACCCCCGUGGUCAGACACAGGAGCUGCAGUGUGAGGGCUCCUGUCUGCUUUCCAGCAGCUGCAGGCAGCGCUUUUCCCCAUGGGCACCCCUCGAGGCUGGAGGAGGGCAGUCCUGCAGUGGUCCAGGAUUUGUCCCCAGCAUCAACUCCUGCAGCACCCGAGGGGCUGUCCUUGGUGUGAUGCUGGAGAUGGGCAACCAGCAGGUCAGGACCAAGCUGCUUCCCCAGGCUGGGGGCUACCCCAUGUUCUGGAGCUCAGGUGGGUACUGGGAGAGCCUUGGAGGAACCGUCGUCUUCCAAACCAUGACAUGGGGCUGGUAUCUCUCACGAUUCACCAUCCUCAUCCUGUUCUCACCCCAAUCCAUGUGGCUGGGCUGAUGCAAGGUUAGGGCAGUGGGAGUAGAGACUGCCCAUGGGCCUUCCCACCCAAGAAACACCCCACCAAAGCUCACAUCACUCGGGAAGGGGUCAGGCUGGCCUGGGAGCCCUGUCUCUUGCUGGGACCAUGCUUGAGGGUGUAGGGGGCUGGUGGCCUUCAUCAAGGUGGCUGUGGGUGCCGUUGUUUUCUGGUUUUCCCAUGCAGCUGGGUUUGUGCCCAGGUCUGGGGGGGCAUCCCCAGCCCUUGUUUCUGGGUGCCUUAAGCAGUGCCCCUGGGGCUUUUAUUCUCCCCUUUCCCAUCUCUGCUGCAGAGGAGCUGGGGCUGGAUGCCAAAUGCAUUCCCUGCUGCUUCAUGCGAGCUGUGCCCUGGAGCAGGAAACCCUGAGGGCAAGCUGGGCAUCCCUGGCCUGGGGUUAAAACAAAAUCCAGCUUCAAGCAAAAGUCUGGAGGGCAAGAUGUGCAAAGGCUUUAAAGUUACCAUCAAAUGAGGUGAGCUGUGGUUUAUCCUGCACUGAGGAACAAGAGUGGUGUUGGGGUCCAAAGCAACUCCUCCUCACAUCUGACGUGGCAGCUUAUAGCUGGGGCAGGGUCCCUCAGAGCCCUAAUGCUGGUGCUGCCUGGGUCUGGCACAAGGCCGUGAGGACAGGGCAGGUCCUGUGGCAGUGGUACCCUGGCAGGCAAAGCCGGUGGUGGGUGUUGAGGUGAUGUGAACUUCCAUGCUGCCACAUGCAGCAUGGCAUAGAGCGGGUGAGUGUACCCGUACACCUGGACAUACCCUCCAGGAGCUGUCUGGAUCACUUUUAGACCCCAUUUCCACUUCUGGCAUCCACAGUGUCCUGGGGUACAGCCUGUGUGGGCUCUGCCUCAACAAUGGCCUGUGCAGCUCCUUCUUGGCUGCCUCAUGGAUGGGGGGUACUUGCUGCUCCCCUUCCUGUGCCACUCAGAGUUUGUAGGUUCCAGUGGCCUGUCCUGGUCUGUGCAUGUGUUCCCUAUCCCUGUGUGCCAUUUCAGCCUGGCUGGUUGCACUUUGAGGCUAAAGGAGAACUGUGUGCAGCACUCGAGGGAUGUACGUGAUGGUUUCUGUAUUGUUUUUAACAGUAGAAGUUUCACUGCAAUAGUAUUAAACCUUUAAAAAGGAA